CUCAUUGUUUGCACCAACUGUGCGUGAGUGUCUGUUUGAGUUAGUGUGUGAGCGCUAGCGUGUGUGUGUGUGUGUGUGUGUGUGUGUGUGUGUGUGUGUGUGUGUGUGUGUGUGUGUGUGUGUGUGUGUGUGUGUGUGUGUGUGUGUGUGUGUGAGGGGGAAUUCUGAGAGCGCACGUCGUCACGCGUCGUCGCCGCGCACACCUUCUCAGCGGGAGCGCGCCGCGUAUCUCGCCUCGCACACCUUGGCUUCAGCAGCGCAGGUAGAGGAGCGAGCGGGUCCGGAAGAACGAGCAGAUCUGGUUGCUUGUUUCUUUAUGUGUUUUACUUCAGGGAGACACACAAACACUCACAAACACCCACCCACCCACCCACCCACACACAAACACACACACUUGCAUAGUGACCGGUCACAACUUGGCUGUGAGCACCGUGUGCGGUUGUAAGGAACAGCAGAAGAAACAUGACGGAGCAAGGCAGGAAGAUGAUCCUGGUGGUGGUGGACGUCCUCAGCGUGUUUGUCGCGGCCCUGCCGUCGGCCAUCUUGACUCUGAGGUUCCGGCCGUACCAGCGGGGGAUCGACUGCAGUGACAGCAGCAUCAGCUACCCCUACAGGAAGGACACCAUCUCCCACGGCACCAUGGCUGCCGUCACCAUCACCUGCUCCAUGGUCAUCAUCAUGUCGGGUGAGGCCUACCUGGUGUACGCCAAGCGUCUGUACUCCAACUCCCCGUUCAACCAGUACCUGGCGGCGCUCUACAAGGUGGUGGGCACCUUCCUGUUCGGCGCCGCUGUCAGCCAAUCACUGACGGACAUGGCCAAGUUCACCAUCGGCCGGCCCAGACCCAACUUCCUGUCUGUGUGCGCGCCGGUGACCUGCAACGGCUACUUGGCCGUGAUCAACUGCACGGGCGUGCACCGCAACGUGACCGAGUCCAGGUUAUCUUUCUACUCUGGCCAUUCGUCCUUUGGGAUGUACUGCAUGCUGUUCCUGUCGCUGUACGUGCAGGCCCGGAUGCAGGGCAAGUGGACCCGUCUGGUGCGGCCAACCAUCCAGUUCUUCCUGGUGGCCUUCUCCCUGUUCGUGGGCUACACCCGCGUGUCCGACUACAAACACCACUGGAGCGACGUGGUGGUGGGCCUCCUGCAGGGGGCGCUGAUCGCUUGCCUCACCGUGCGCUACGUCUCCGACUUCUUCAAGCAGCGCUGUGCCCCCCCCCUGGAGGACCACGUGUCCGAGGAGCAGAACAUGGAGCGCAAGCCCAGCCCGCCGGCCCCCGACGGCCCACACGGCAACCACACCCGCUACAACUGUUCCGGGACGGUUUGAGCACCACCCCCUCCACCCCCUCCUCCUCCACCUCCUCCACUGCCACACAGUACCCCACCGCUGCCUCCGUCGGCACAGCUCCGGCUCACGGCCUGGGGAGAUAGCAGAGGCCGGAAGCCCCACACAGCCCGCUCUGGCCGCAAUUUUGUGGUUGAGGUUGUUUUGUUGUUAUUUGUACCGCAUUGUACCCUGUGACUAACACGGCCCGCCAUUUCAAAACACACGAGUGGGGGAAAAUGAGUGGAACAGGAUAUGCGGGCGACUGCAACACUUCUAUCACAUGAAUAUGAAAAUCACGACGACAACAGACCACUGUCGAGGCCGUACAGACUAACCCCCUGAACUUCAUGAUGGGAAACCCUAUGUGUUCAUCUCCUGGUCGAGCCAAAGUUUAGUGUGUGUGUGUGUGUGUGUGUGUGUGCGUGUGCGUGUGCGCGUGCGCGCGCGCGCAGUAUUGUGGUAUUUAUAUAGUGUUUAGUUUUAAGUCAAACUCUUGCAGUCUUUAUUUGCUGGCUGCCAAUACACGUUUUGUGUUCUGUUGAUAUAAAAGGGGGCAACUAGAUAUUAGUUUUUGUCCUUGAAUGGAGCUAACCAUGCGAUAUGAAAGUGUUAUUUUGUUGCUAGUUUGGGUCAACAUAGUUUUUAGUUAUUUAGUUUCCCCUACAGAGAACGGUUUGUACACUGGAGAUGUCCCCGGGCUGAGUUCCCCAUCUCUUAACCUUUUCAAAGAAAUGGUUUGGUAUUAUCUGACUGAUUUAGACGUCUCUAACCACCAUAUAUAUCUAUAAUACUAACUUUUAGUUUUUUUCAAAUGUCUAUUGUUUAGUUUAAUUUGUCAAUACGCUAUUGCGGGAACAAGUUCAGCUUUCAAAUGUGAUUUUUUUUUUAAUAUAUAUAUCUUGGUAUGUGUAAUCAAAUGUUUUACAAACGAUCACGUUAUUGCAGUAUCUACAAAAAAAAUUUACUUCACUAAAUCAGUCGAAUAUUUUUUUUAAUUUUGUAUGGCUAACUGUAACACUGCAUUACUAAUGUUUUUGGGCUCGACGUCGCAGCUGUUAUUUCCCAGGUGAUGUGAUAAAGAUGUAAUUUUAACUUUUUAAAUGGCUUGCUGUGUUACUUACGUCACCGGUACAACCACUAUUUCAUUAUUUUUUUAUAUUGUUCUUCUGAAAAAAAGAGACCUGCAGUUCAGACCUUUGUGUGACGGACAGAGAAGGUAGAGGCUCCUAUUAUGACGGAGGAAACCUGUGACCUUGGCGCGGGUAGAUCUUCUUGUCUAGGCGUCAUCAUUACCAGCACUAGCUCUGCAGCUCCGUGACCGCUCUCGUUCUGGGGGGUGAUCGUGAGCCGCGAAGUAGUGAUCGUGUCGUAGCCUGUUCUCCCGAGGAGAGGCGGGCUGGGAUUCCUCCGCCAGAAGAAUGGGAGUGCCAUCUUUCCCCAAGAAAAAAGCGAUGGAACGCCUCAAGCUUUAAAACAACUUCCCAGAUGCGACGAGGACUCGGGUACUUUGUAUCGAUAGUUUUUAGUUUUUCUUUAUUUUUGUACUCCUAGCCAGCCUAGGUUCUGAAUGAUUAAAAUGAAUUAUGAUUGGUUUCAUGUAGGCCUACUUGGGGAUAGGAAAACAACAUUUUGAAUGUAAACAUUUUCUCUAGAGACAUGGGCACAAUUUCUGUAAUGACAAAAUGACCUUGAAAAGCGUGUGUGCGUGUGCGAGUACGUCUUUUAUCAGUUGAAAAGUGAAGAGAUACUUAACCCAAAGCCACUUUUGGAUUUAUUGUAACAUUUAGUCAUGUUUUAAUAUUGUAUAAUCUUUCAGUCACUUUUCUUUUAAACAGAAGAAAAAACAAUAUAAAAUAGCCUACUCGUUUCCAUUCUCCGCUUGUAAUAGGCCUACUGCCCCGCCAGAUCUGUUGGUAUUUUCUAAGUACACGGGUGCUCAAGUGGUUUUUAUUACCGUUUAUUUUAUAAGCGGAGCCCAACUAUUGUUUUCAAACACGUUGCCUAUCAAGCAACUAAUAGAUAUUUAGGUUGGGGCAGCGCCUACCGAGAGGUGGGUUGGGGAGUUAUUAAUUCCUUUCACAAGCAGACAAACAAUGCAGCUUUGCAACAUACAAAAUGAUUAAAUUAAUGAUCUCAUCGCCGGCUCUGAAAGUCGGGAUGAAUGCAUGCUUUUAAACUUAAGCCCCACCCCAUCCUCGUCGCGGAGAAUAAAAAAUGAAAUAAAAAGUCAAUCCGAUCAUGAAGACGAACCGUGUUCCAAUCAAUGUCCAAGAUUGGAUGAUUGAUAAUUGCUGCCGCCUGGUGGCUGAGAGUAAAACUUAAUACAGCCAAUGUUGGUCCGUUUGAUUUCUAAUGUAUUUUCUUUUCUUGACUAGAAAGAGGUGAAUAAAACCUUGGUUACUUUUACAAAGCAGUUGCAAGAAGACCAAUGCAAUGCUAAAAGCAGCCUAUUGCGUGACACAAUGGACAUUUGGGUUUUGUUAAUCCGUCCCUUUGUCCAAAGAAAAACCUGUUACACAAAAAUGCUUUGCUGUCGUCAAAGGAAAGAAAAAUGCAUUUGUUUCCAGCGCUUUACACGCCAAAGUAAUGGGAGAGAAAUAAGCAGCUGUAGGCCGACGCCUGAAUAAACUUACUAUCAACUAAUCAUAUCACUAUACAUCUGUCUCUAAAGAUAUACAUCUGUCCCUACAUAAAGUUUUGACUUUAAAAUCAAAAACUCCCAUGUCCCCAAUCUGCUUCCUUAGAACUUUUAGGUAAAAAAACUGGGGGCACACUACUUUAACACACACACACGCAUACCUAUAUAUCCACACACACAUAUAUAUAUAUAUAUAAUAUAUAGACACAAUAAGAAGCUUUAAAUUAAAGCGAAAUAAAGAAAAUAUUUGACACUAGGAUGUUUUCA